AUGAUUUAGUUAAUACAUGUAAUUCAAGACUUCCAUUUUUAGUUGAUAAUAUUUUUUUUAUGUAUUUGUUUCAGAAAGAAAUAAUUCAAUAGGAAUUUGAUUAAGCAAAAAUGAUAUGCUUUUUUGUCUAAAUAAUUCAAUAGAAGUUUGUUUUAGAAUGAAUAUACGAGCACAAUUUCUUAUUGUCUAAAAGUGUUGUGCUUUUUUGCUUUACUAAAUUUCCAUGAGCACCACGAGUCUUUAAUUAUUUGAGUCAUUGACUAGAAAAGCAAGUCUUUGGGAAAAAGGCCAUAUCCUUCAAUUUAAACUAUGCAAUGCAGUGAAAUUUGGCAUUAUAAAACACCAACUUAGCUUCUCUUCUCUCUCAUAAAAUCAACAUCCAGUACGUAUGGAUGCUAUUGCUGUUUAUAUCACUUUCCUAUUGUUCAUGUCCUUACCAUCAGAAAAUACUAGAGCUAGAGCUGAAACACAACCACCACUACCCAAGAAGAUAGUACCUGGUACCUCACUUUCCCCUAUCAGUGCUCACUCCUCUUCUUGGCUUUCCCAUUCUGGCCUAUUUGCUUUUGGAUUUUAUCCACAAGGCAAUGGCUUUGUUGUUGCAAUUUGGUUGGUUUGCAAGAAGAACAAUACAAUAGUAUGGACUGCAAACCGAGAUGAUCCUCCAGUAACCUCAACUGCAAAGCUACAAUUUACCAUGAACGGUAGGCUAAUACUAAAAGAUCAAAAAGGACAAGAGAAGCUUGUUGUUAAGGUUAAUGCAAGAGCUUCCUCUGGCUCCAUGCUUGAUUCUGGGAAUUUUGUACUAUACGGCAACGAUAAUUCCAGCAUCAUAUGGCAGAGUUUCGAUUACCCAACUGAUACUUUGUUGGGGAAUCAAUCUCUACCUUGCGGUGGCCAACUCUCCUCUAGUAUAUCAGAGACCAAUCGGUCAACUGGAAGGUUUCAACUGAACAUGCAGAAUGAUGGAAAUCUUGUUCUGUAUCCAGCAUACAUAUCUGCAACAUCAUGGGAUGCUUACUGGGCCUCUGAUACUAGUGCGGGUAAUGAGGUCAAAUAUCAUCUUUACCUCAACAAAACAGGUUCACUCCAGAUUUUGAAUAGCAGUAGUGUUUUUAUUUCUAGCCCUAUCGCCACUUUGAUUGAUGCUCUAGAAGACAAUGACACUGGAGGAAACCAGACUAUUUAUCGUGCAACCCUUGAUUCUGAUGGAGUUUUUCGGCUCUAUGCUCAUUAUGUUAACAAUGGCAGUGACAAAGUUAUCAAAAGUUUUCCAGAGACCAACACGUGUGAAGUAAAAGGGUUUUGUGGCUUCAACAGCUACUGCACAUUCAACGAUGACAAACUAUUGUGCAGCUGUCUCCCUGGUUAUAAACUAUUAGAUGAAAAAAACCAAGAUACUAGUCUUGGCUGCAAAAGGAACUAUUCGAAAGCUGAGUGUAAAGAUGAAAAAGAUGGUGAGGCCUUUUAUAACAUGGUACCAAUGAACAAUAUUGUAUGGGAUGACCAUCCUUAUUUCCAAAAUGAAGAUACGUCAUCAGAAGAACAAUGCUCCCUUGCUUGUUUAGUUGAUUGUAACUGUUGGGCUGCAUUGUAUGAAAAAGGAAGCUGCAAGAAACAAGGGCUGCCUUUGAGAUAUGCCAAACGAACACAUGAAGGUGACGAUUCUACCAAGGCGUUCUUCAAGGUGGGAAAAAACAGCUGGAAGGGGUAUGAAAAUCCUUUUCCCAUUCCAAUCAAGACUACAAGUAACAAAGCAGUAGUGCAUAUUAUUGUUGUUACAUCUGUAUUUAGUAUCAUUUUGUGUUCAGCGAUUGUUAUAUCGAGCCAUUACAUGUACAAGAUUCGGGUUUUAAAGUACAAAAGGCUAACCGAAACAUGGAGCUUGGGGGGCCUGAAUGAAGAUGUAGCUUUGAGAAGGUUUACAUACAAUGAGUUGAGAAGAGCAACAAACCAGUUCAAGGAAGAGUUGGGUAAGGGAUCUUUUGGAGCAGUUUACAAAGGAAGCUUAAACAAAGGUAAGACUAAGAGAUUCAUUGCAGUGAAGAGGCUAGAGAAGUUGGUGGAAGAAGGAGAAAGGGAGUUUCAAGCAGAAGUGAGGGCUAUUGGAAAAACCCAUCACAGGAACUUAGUUAGAUUGCUAGGAUUUUGUGCUGAGGGUUCUAAAAGGCUUCUGGUUUAUGAAUACAUGAGCAAUGGUUCACUUGGAAAGCUUCUGUUUGGCGAUCAAAGACGUCCGAAUUGGGAUGAGAGAAUAAGAAUAGCACUGGACAUUGCUAGAGGGAUCUUGUAUCUCCAUGAAGAGUGUGAGGCACCCAUCAUUCAUUGUGACAUAAAGCCUCAAAAUAUUUUGAUGGAUGAGUUUUGGACUGCUAAGAUAUCUGAUUUUGGGCUUGCAAAACUUCUAAUGCCCGAUCAAACCAGAACUUUCACGGUGAUUAGAGGGACAAGAGGCUACAUGGCGCCAGAAUGGAACAAGAACACUCCAAUAUCACUGAAGGCAGAUGUUUAUAGCUAUGGAAUAGUAUUGUUGGAAACACUUUGUUGCAGAAGAAACCUUGAUGUUAAUGUGUUGGAACCAGAGGAGAUUCUUCUCUCUGGUUGGGCUUAUAAAUGCUUUGUUGCAAGAGAGGUAAAUAAGCUUGUUCCUUCGGAAGUUAUUGAUGAGAAUGUCAUGGAGAAUAUGGUUAAGGUGGCACUUUGGUGUAUCCAAGAUGAACCUCUUCUCCGUCCGACAAUGAAAGGUGUAGUGUUGAUGUUAGAAGGGAUUACAGAUAUAGCAAUUCCUCCUUGUCCAGAUUCAAAUCGUGCAUGAAAAUAAUGUUGCAGCAGUUCCUCAAGUGUUUUUCAGUCUGUUUAUUUAUGUCAUGUUAUUUUUUGUUGGUUUUAUUUCAAUUGUUAAGGUUGUCGCUAUGUUGUGUACAGUUAAAAUAAGGUAGCAAGCCAAAAACUUGUGUAGUUAUUCCUCUUUCUCUUGUCAAUUCAUGAUACAAAUUAGCAGUAGAUUAUAUAAUAUUUUGUUAAAAUUUCAGUUUGACUAAAACGUGAACAAAAUUUCAUUUGUUUC